UCCCGCCCGGUGUCGCCGCCCAGGGAUGCAGCCGUACCGGGGCAGAGCUGCCCGCGGGGCCGCGCCCGGCCCGGCGGGGUUCGGAUGCCCCAAGGACCAGCCCGGCAGGCACGUCCGGCCCGUGCCGCUGCCGCCCGUGCAGCAGAACCUGAACUACUGCCCGCAGAUCUUCUGGGUGGACGGCUGUGCUGAGGCGGGCCCUCCCGGCCCCCCGGCUCCCCCCGGGGCUCCCUUCCCUCCGCCGGUGCCCGACCGGAGCAGAAAGCCACGAGCCGGCAGGGAGAGGAGCGUCGGCUUCCUCGUGAUGUUCCUGCUGAUCCUGGUGGCCUUCACGGGAGUGGGGCUGAGCAUACUGAAGAUUUUUCACCUGGAGAAGGAAGUGGAUGAGCUCAGAGAGUCUGCCAGCGCUGAGCACACCGCUCCGGCCUCCCAGAAACUCACGGGGCAGAAGGAGCAGCCGCUGCGAAGGGAGGCCAGGAAGGCGGCACAUUUAACAGGCAACCCGGCACAGCAGGACCUCCCUCUGGAGUGGGAGCCCAUCUCUGGCCAUGCCUACACCAGUGGCAUCCAGUACCAGGACCGGGGGCUGCUGGUGAGCGAGCCCGGGCUGUACUUUGUGUACUCCAAGGUGCUGUUCCGCGGCAGCACCUGCGACAGCCAGCUCCUGGCACACGUGGUGUACAAGAGGAACCCGGCCUCCCCGGGCAGCCUGGUGCUCAUGGAGGACAAAGCCAUCAACUUCUGCACGGGGCAGAGGAUGUGGGCCCGCAACAGCUACCUGGGGGCUGUCUUCAAGCUCAGGAAGAUGGACAGUUUGCACGUCAACGUCUCCAAAAUCGCCCUGGUUAAUUUUGAGGAAUCCAAGACUUUCUUCGGCUUGUUUAAGCUUUGAAAGGGAGCGUGGCUGGCAGCCCCUUCACUCCCACAAUACACAUGGAUGUGUGAGGGCUGAGUGCUGCCUGGGCACAGUGGCACCACAAAACCCACCCAGAAACCAUGUCUGGGCUUCACCAUGAGGGGAUUCAAGCAACAUGCUUGAAAGCUGACACCGGAAAGCACCAGGGCUGUGCUGCAUCAGCCUGAGCAGAAUUGCACACAUUCUCCUUACAAAACCCCCCAACAAACUCAAAAUGUGGUGUGCUGAAGACCCUGCUGGAACUCACUACUUGCUGCCUGAGAAGAUGGUGGGACCUGGUGCUCCCCGUGGUGUCACAGCCCUGGUGGGGACAGCUGGGGCAUGUUAAGGAGGUGUCUGCGUCAUGCCACGACACCACAGACAGUGCUGUGGGGAUGAGCAGUGUGAACAGCUGCUCCCCCGAGCCAUGGCUGGGCCCCUGCCCGGCACUGUGACUGCUGUACCACAGGCACUUCCUGCUAGCUGGGCUGGGAGAGGUGCUGUAUUCGUUUUGGGUUAAGUUAUGGACCCUUCCCAUCCCAGAAAAUGCUCCCCAACCGCUUGAUCUGUCUCACCCCAACUGCCUUGCAAGGAACACACCAGGAGCAGCAGUGCUGUGAGGGUGUCCCAGAAGAGACAGCGUGACCACACCGUGGUGGGGAUGGUGGGCAUGGUGGGGUGGCCACAGGCUCUGCUGUGCAAUCUAAGCAACACAGCAGUGCAGGGCAGUGGGGCUGGAGGUGAAAGCAGCACCUCGAGCCCCCCUCCUGCCCUUCCAGCACAUGAGGGUUCUCCAUGGAGGUUGGUCUGCCACCCCUUGCCUGAUGCAGGGCACAUGCUGGCAUCUGUCAGUGCUGAGACCCUUGCCACAAGAUGUUCUCUCCUGAGCAAAACAGAGAUGGUAAUUAUAUAUUUUUCUAGUGAGUGUUGCUGUCCUUUCCUCAUUUGGUGCAACAUGCUUCUGCCAUGGCCAAGGCACUGCAAGACCUCUGUGAUUAGGGGUCAGCAUC